GGAGUACAGAAACGACAGCUGCUUCUGUUAUCAUGUUUUUUUAUCUGUUUUGUAUCUACACUUUUGGUGAUUGUUGGACUUUGCACCAACAACUGGGUGGAGAUACGAGACCGCAACCUUUAUCGCAACAACAUCAAUGUUCACUUCGGGCUCCACAGAGUGUGCUGGACUUCCAAUGAUCGAUGCAACAACCCAGGAAAUGACUAUGAUCAACAGAAUUCACUGCCGACAGUUCAAGGACUUCUGAUAGUUGGGGGAUUUAUGUCAGUAAUUGCCGGAUUAGUCGCCAUGUUUAACUUGACACAACAUCAGCUGGGCAGAUCAAAUGGAUUGAUCUCGAUCGGUUGUGCGGCAGCAGCAGGAAUUUCUG